CCCAAAAAAUAAGCCUGCGCUGCCUUUUGCUUCAGACACUUGCAGGAUCAACCCGGGUACGCUGCAAACAUGGCACAGGUAGCUGGUGCAGCACAAGCGCUCACAGAGCGGACGCGAUCCAUCUUCGGCAAUGACUUUGGCGACCUGACCGAGCCUACGUCCUCCACUUUAUCGAUGUCAUUCAAAAGAAAAGUCGAAUAUGAAAGUGUUCGCGAGUUGCCCAAAGUGUUGGCAGAGAAACAGGCGAAGGCCGCGGCCGGUCGAGGACCCAAAAGACCAAAAGUACAGGCUGGAGGCAAUCAGCUAGCGUUGGUGAAAAGCGAGGGAAAGCCAGGGUCACAGACACAGUCGCCGCAAUCCAAUGGCACAGGAAACAGUCUGAUUCGAAGACCGAAUAUGCAACAACCUCGACCGGAUUGGCAUGCCCCAUGGAAGUUGAUGAGAGUGAUCUCAGGACAUCUGGGCUGGGUACGAGCUUUGGCUGUCGAACCUGGAAAUCAAUGGUUCGCAUCCGGCGCUGGAGACAGGACGAUCAAGAUCUGGGAUCUAGCGACAGGACAGCUCCGCCUUACGCUGACAGGACAUAUCUCUACAGUCCGCGGCCUGGCAGUGUCACCGCGUCAUCCUUACCUGUUCUCAUGUGGUGAAGAUAAAAUGGUCAAAUGCUGGGAUCUGGAAACAAACAAAGUGAUCCGACACUACCACGGCCAUCUGUCCGGUGUCUACACAAUGUCUCUACACCCAACACUCGAUGUCCUGGUGACAGGAGGCAGGGAUGGUGUGGCCAGAGUAUGGGAUAUGAGGACUCGAUCAAACAUACACGUUCUCAGCGGACACAAGGGGACAGUCACGGACGUCAAAUGUCAAGAGGCGGAUCCGCAAGUCAUCUCUUCGAGUCUCGACAGCACCGUCCGUCUCUGGGACCUCGCCGCCGGCAAAACUAUGGGUGUGUUGACGCACCACAAGAAAGGAGUAAGAGCUCUCGCUACACACCCGAAAGAGUUCACUUUCGCAUCCGGAUCUGCAGGUUCAAUCAAGCAGUGGAAGUGCCCUGAAGGAGCCUUCAUGCAGAAUUUCGAAGGCCACAAUGCCAUAAUCAACACGCUGGCUGUCAACGAAGAUAACGUGCUGUUCAGUGGUGGUGACAACGGAAGCAUAUCUUUCUGGGAUUGGAAGACGGGUCACAGAUUUCAGUCCACGGAGUCGAUGGCACAGCCUGGUUCUCUUGACGCCGAAGCUGGUAUCAUGAGCAGUACAUUCGAUCAGACUGGGCUGCGAUUGAUCAUGGGCGAGGCGGAUAAGACGAUCAAGAUCUGGAGACCGGAUCCAGAAGCGACGCCGGAGACACAUCCGCUGGAUUGGAAGCCAACAUUGGGAAGAGUCAAGUACUGACAUUCCCACUAGCAGCACUUGUGGUUGUCAGGACUCAAUGAUACGUUUAGCGAUGGCGUUACUGUGGGUUUCUGGGAUGGAGACUGCAUCUUCAUACAUCUCAGCUGGAUCAGCUUCUCCGACAAGUCUAUGUCCAGCAUUGUGCCCCUUCAAAAAGGCUUGAAUCCUGUAUACCCACCAUCGACAAUCUUCUGCAGCUCCUUCCGGUACUCAGCAAGCCCGCCAAAGUAGAACAUAA